UCACAGACCUCUCUCUCGCCUCUGUUACCCGCACACAUUCAUCGAAAUCCUCCUCGCAGCAGACGUUUGAACGAAGCCGCUUUCCAGAAGGAUGUUGCGAAGUGUCCCCUUCCUUGUACUGCUGGCCGUAGCGCUCUGUCAAACCGAGGAGGUGCAGACUAAGAGUAAGGUUUGUGCCAAUGUGUUCUGUGGCGCAGGAAGAGAGUGUGCAGUCACUGAGAAGGGAGAACCCAGCUGCUUGUGUAUAGAGAGCUGUAAGCCACACAAGCGUUCAGUGUGUGGCAGUAACGGUAAGACAUACCGCAACCACUGUGAGCUCCACCGAGACGCAUGUCUCACCGGCCUCAAGAUCCAGGUGGCCCACGACAGACACUGCCAGGAGAAGAAAGCAGAACAUGCAGCCGCCAGCCCAGUGGUGUGUUAUGUAGCAGAUCGUAAUGAGUUGAGGCACCGUGUGAUCCAGUGGCUGCAGACUGAGGUGGUCCCAGACGGCUGGUUUGUCAAAGGCUCCAACUUCACUGAAAUCCUGGUGAAAUACUUCAAGAACUACGACAAUGGUGACUCCCAGCUGGACUCCUCAGAGCUCCUUAAGUUCAUCCAACAUAAUGACUCCAACGUGGACAUGCAGUCAUAUGCAGACCAGGAGAGCAACAAGCUGCUCAGGAGCCUAUGUGUGGACGCCCUGAUCGAGAUGUCCGAUGAGAACACUGACUGGAAGCUGAGCUUCGAUGAGUUCCUCAACUGCCUGAAGCCCGGCUUCAACCCACCUGAGAAGAAGUGUGCCCUGGAGGAUGAGACCUAUAAGGAUGGGGCUGAGACACAGGUGGAGUGUAACCGCUGUGUGUGUGCCUGCGGCAACUGGGUCUGCACCGCCAUGACCUGCAAUGAUAAGACAGCGGUCGUCGAGGAGACCGGAGAGGCAGGGCAGGAGAUGACCGAGGAGGAAUGGAGCCUCCGUGUGGCCGAGCUCAACAAGCACCAGGAAACAGUGGAGAAGAUGAAGGUCAGCACAAAGGAGGCCUAAGAUGCCUAAAGAAGGAGGGCGUGAAGGAAAGAGAGAGAGAGAAAAGACUUCACUCUUCUUCCAUUGAUAAGGCCCUGUGCUGUUCCUGAAUUUACUCAUAUGUUAAUUAUUAUAGCUUUUUGUUUAUGUGUGUUAGAUGCAGGGCAGUCAAGA